UGCGUAUGUAAUGUGUGAUAUCUGAGUACAUAAUAUAAACGGGAAGAUAUUCUGUACAUAGAUGAAAAUGUAUUGGAUGGAAUUUUAAAGAAAUUUUACAGUAUGGAGGAUUUAAAAUGUAAAUUUUUUGGUCUUAUUAAUAAGCAGAAUGCAAUCAAGAUUCCACUUAUGGGCUUACAUCCGGAUCUACUUAAUCCAACAGAAUCACAGAAACCAGACGAUAUACAAUCAGAAGCUGACCAAUCAACAGAAAGUGAACCUAUUCCUGAUCAAGAUAUAUUAGAAUCUAUAGAAGAGAUUUAUUUUAAUACAGACCAUAAUUUUGAUCCUUGUAGACAUGAAUUAGUAAAAUUACCAAAGGUAUUACAAUCUAAAGAGAUUGAAAAAUGUUAUAAAAAAUUGAAACAACAACAUCAAGUUGUUUCAAAGAAAGUUUUACAACUUAUUUUACAAAAGCAGAAUGCUUGUAACAAAGAGUUUGGGAAAAUUUUAUUGAUACAAGAACAACUACAAGAUGUGUUGGAAAUCUGUAGAAUGGGAAGAGCAGAUUUAAAAUUAGCUGAAAGACAAUUUACUACAGCUAGUUUAGGAAUAUUAGCAAAUUAUCAAAAAAGGCAAAUUGUAGAAGAAUUAUUGAACAACUUAAAUACUAUAAAAACAUUGCAACGUACUGGAGAUAGAUUGCAAGAGUUAUUAAAUGAAAAGAAUUAUCCUAGAGCAAUCUCAUUACUUUUAGAAUGUCAGAGUGCUGCACAAACAUAUAAACAUUUCCAUUGCAUUGCUGCUUUAAAUAAAAAAUUACAGGAUAUUUUAGAACAAGCAGAGGAAGCUCUAGAUAUUACAUUAUCACAGAUGUGUACACAAUUUGAUGUGACAAUAUAUACAUCAAUUCAAGAAGCUUACACUCUAUUAGGAAAAACUCAAUCUGCAAUGGAUCAGUUGCAUAUGCAUUUUACUGCUGCAAUUCACAAUACUGCAUUCUCUGCUGUACAUUCGUAUGCAGGUGGAGACACAAAGAGGCAGUAUAAACAACUUUGUCAAUUAGUAUCUCGUGAAAAUUGCAUUAAUUGUUUAACAGAAUUAUGUAAAUCAUUAUGGACAAUAUUGAGUUCUUAUUAUUUAGUAGUAAAUUGGCAUAACACACAAGAAAAUACAAUUAAAUUUAAUACUGAUAUAAAAGAUUUAGAAGAGACUUUUAGCAAACAGUAUGUGAAGCAUAAAUUAGAAAAUAGUAUGAUUCGAGUCUGGCAUGACGUUGAAAUGAAGAUAUCAAUAUUUUUAAUGAAUGCUGAUUUAACUUACAUUAAAUUUGAACAGUUUGUUCAAGUUUUAGGCAUAGUUAAUAGAUUAAUGGAAAUUGGAGAGGAGUUAUGUGGUUUCAAAUCAGAAAAUUUACAAGAAUCUAUAAAGAAACAAUCAUUGUCAUAUUUUUUUCAUUAUCAUGCAUCAAGACUAGAUGAACUCAGAAUAUUCUUAGAAAAUGAUGGAUGGGAAUUGUGUCCUGUUAAAUCAAAUUUCGUAGCAACUCAAUUACAGGAAUUUAAAAGUUUAAAACCAUCAUUAAAUAAUUGUAAAGUAUGGAAUAAUUUUGAUAAUUGUAAUGUUGGUGAAAAUGAUAGCCUCAUGGGCAUAGAAUGGAUUCAGAAAUAUUUAGAAGGAAGUGCAUCUCCAUUUUUUAUAGGUUUAGAUGAUACAAUGGACGAAGAUAUCUUAAUAAGUAAUGAUAAUAAUCCUCCUGCGUAUUUUUCUGAUGAAUCGGAUGAUGACAUUCCUGAUGAAUUAAAACGUGAAUAUGUCGAUGAUUCAGAUCAUGUUAAAACAAAUAAAAAAAAGUGUAAACUAAAGGAAUCAGGACCUAUGGUUACAAAUACAACACUAAGCAUAUUGCGUGUUUGUGGAAAAUAUUUGCAAAUGUCUAGAUUAUUACGAUCAAUCGCAGUCACUGUUAUACAAAGUAUGAUACAGUUUUAUGAGUUAUGCUUCUAUACUGUACACUCAUUUUUUACUUCCGAUUUACAAAUAAAUAGUGAUUCUUUAUAUAGUCCAAAAUUAAAAUUGUCUUUGGCAAGAAUUAAGGAGAAUUUAAUCCUUUGCGAAAAUGAUACAGAAGAUAAUAUUAAAUUAAACUGCAAUAAAGUACGACAGCCACAACUUUCUUCCAUUGUAAAUUUAUCACAACCGGAGAAACUUCACGGUUUGACGGAACGUAUCGUAGCCGUGGAAUCUUUGGUAUUUUUAGGUCGACAAUACGAAAAUUUAAAGCCAUAUUUGGAACAUCUUAUUAGUGCUAGCCCACAACGCGGUUUCCUUCACCAAUUUUAUAUGCAAACGAUAGCAUCGACAACGGAUUUACGGAAACCAGUAUAUAUGGCAGUUGCAUCUCAAGCAAUCGAUGUUGCAAAUAUUUUAAAUUUAAUGAAUAAAGUUAAUUGGGAAGUGACUGAUGUUAUGUCUCAGCAUAGUGGAUAUAUUGAUGCACUACUUCAGGAAGUAUAUGUUUUAAAUGAAAGAUUGAAAAGUAUUGGAAACUGUCUUCCUUUAGCAGAUGAUGUAUAUAAUGCUGUCUGGGAAAAUGUAGCACAUCUAAUAACUCACACAUUGGUGGAAGGAUUUUCUCAUGCUAAGAAGUGUUCAAAUGGAGGCAGAGCACUAAUGCAACUUGAUUUUACACAAUUGAAAUCAAAGUUUGAAACAAUGACCUUUUUAAGACCAAUGCCUCACAGAGAAUAUGUUGAAUUAUAUAUUAAAGCUUAUUAUCUUCCAGAAAAUAGUUUAGAAGAGUGGAUAAAAGAACACAAGGAGUACUCUGUAAAGCAUUUAAUUGGUUUGGUUUCUUCAGCUUGUCAAAAUAAUAAAAAAACUCGACAGCGUUUAAUUGCAUUCAUAGAAGAACAACGGCCUAGUAGAUAG